GAAAGGAGAGAAGCGGGGAGGCGGGAGGGGCAAGGGAACUACGUAACGCGCACCGGUACGCAUCGUUCGUAUCGUACGAUUAUCGUCGCGCGCGCCGAGUUCGAGUCGUCGAGUCGUCGUCAUUCUCGUCGGCGAGCGGCGCCUAGUCGGCCGAUAUUAGUGUUAGUCCGCGGAUUUCCGACGAUCGUCUCCGUUUUCCCGCCACCCCGUUGCACCCCGUUUCCCGGUGUAUUCUUUCUCUCUCUCUCUCUGUUGCCCUCUGUUCUGUUGUACUCGUCAGCAAGCACGCGUCGCACGUAUACGCAUCAUCGCGCGUACACGCACGCACGCACGCACGCAUAGAAGUUUAGAGUUCGGAGUUCGGGAGCGCGCACGCCGCGUUUCGGUCUCUCUCUCCCGGCGCGGUUGAUCGUAACCUCUCGUCUUCCUCGGCGGCACUCCUCUGCACUCCUCGCUCGCCCACUGAUAGACCCAGAUCGGUCGGUCAGUUUGGUUUUGGUCAAGAUGGCCGAGAAGAGUGGCUCGCCGGCCGCUACGGCCCCGGAACAGCAGCAGCAGCAACAGUCGCAGUUCCUGUCGAACUUUAUUGCCGAGAUCGUCAAGAGCCCAUUGAACCUCGCCCUCGUGGGCGUGAUCGCUAUUCUGGUCUAUAAGAUCGUCAAGAGCCGCACCCGGCCCGAGGAGCCCGUGCAGGAAGUGAAGAAGCUACCGAAGCUACGCCGCGAUUUCACGAUCGAGGAGCUAACCAAGUACGACGGCAAGGGCCCGGACGGCCGGAUACUCGUCGCCGUCAACGGCAGCGUAUACGACGUCACCAGAGGCGCCAGGUUCUACGGCCCUGGUGGACCCUAUGAAGCGUUUGGUGGUCGAGAUGCCAGUAGAGCACUCGCGAGGUUUGAAGUGGUCGCUGCGACGGAUAAAUAUGACGAUCUAAGUGACCUGAACACUACAGAAAUGAAUUCUAUCAAGGAAUGGGAAGAACAAUUCAAAGAGAGAUAUGAUUACGUCGGAAAACUAUUAAAGCCUGGCGAAGCACCGACAAAUUAUUCCGACGAAGAGGACGAGGGUAGCCAACGGGAGACUGAAACAAAAUCGGAAAGCUAUGAUGCAGAGAAAAAAGCGGAUCGUAACGAGGCCGCCGAAAAGUCAAAGAGCGAUUGACCGCAUGAUCGUAUGUUGGAGGCAGAACUGUUACAGGAGCACACUACGCACACGCUGUUGUUACAGAAAUCUUUGAAAUUGUCGCUCAUGAAUAUAUUUCUGGACGUUCGGCCGAAUAUUUUAUUACUUGGUAACGGUAAUCGGAUAAAGAGGCGAAAUGCCGGCUUUUAAUAAUCGCAUUGGAAAUAUAUAAAACACAUUUCCGAAAAAGCUGGUGGUUAUACUACGUGAAGACUUUAUUUGGGCGUCUAGUUCGCCGAUCAGCGUGCUGACGCUCGUGUCUUUUAAUGUUUUUAUAUUAUAU